UUUCUCAUUUUUUAAGAAUUAAUUUGAUCUCUUAGUAGAUAUAGAUACAAUUCAUAACAUCCCGUGUUCAUUAUUUUCCAGAAAGACGUACUAUAAUAGAGCAUCGGCAGAAUGUACAGCAGCAACAGUAGCAGCAACAGUAGCAUCCGCAGCAAGUCCCAGAGUCUUAACAACAGUGGUAUCUCAAGCAAGACCAACAGUCCCGUCAACAGUGGUUUCUUAGGUAAAAGCAUCAGUCCCAUUGAGAGUGGAAUCCCAAGUAAAAGCAACAGCCCCGUCAACAGUGGUAGUUCAAGCAGGAACAGCAGUCCCAUCAGCACUAGCAGGAACAGUAGCAGAAACAGUAAGAUACCUGGCAAAAACGACUCCAACAACAACAUGAACAGCCCACAGCACCAGCAGCAUCACCAGCUCCGUCAUAGCCCACAGCACCAGCAGGAACAGGAGCACAAACAGGAGGACCAGGAGCUGUUGCUUCGCUCCGUCAAGCCUCCAGCUAGCGUGGUGAACAGCAGCCCCUACGACCACCAGCUACUGGAACGACUCGUCCCACGACAUAUCACUACUGAACAUGUCGUUUUUAGCCACAAGAGCAAAGUUGGGGGUCGGUCACUAUACUUCUUCAGUCCGGCGUGCAGAGGUGGUGUCACCAAACCUGUCUUCACUACCAGAGAGAAACUCACACCUAUCCUGGACGGUCCUGUGGUCAGUAUCAAGGCUAGGCUGCGUCGCCAACAAGCUAGUUGGUCACAGACUAGGCCAAGAGCUGGAGAUGGCAUGGCAGUAGCAGCUGGGUACACAGGAGAGGUGAUGUAUCUGCUGCCUUAUACUAUACUGGGACGCACUGAACUAGAGCCCAGAGCCACAGAAAUACUGGUCCAGGAUGCAAUAUUGUGGUGUGUGAGCGAGUGUGUGGUGUGGUUCGUGGUGAAGAGCUUCACCAGGAGGAAGGUGAUAGCCAGCACACGUCAGCUCUCCCACCAGAAGCUCAACAUUGGCAAGCUCAACUUACGUUCUCCUGACCUCAAGAAGUUCUCUUGAUAAAUCACCACUCUUAUUGUCAAGUUUUAUGUGUCUGUCUGUGUGUGUGAGAGGUAUUAUCAUGGAAAACUCCCAAAGUAUUAAAAGUUCAUUCAACACUAUUGAGAGAGAAAAAAAAAGAGAGAGAGAGAGAGAGAGAGAGAGAGAGAGAGUCUGUUGGAAGCUACACGAGCACAUUACUUUCCUUGGAGUGGUAAACCCGUAGAGGUCAAACUGCCUAGGGAAUGGGAGACAAGCAGAUUAAGAUGUUAACUAUUUCCUUGAACUAAGAGCCCCUUGUCACCCUUAAAUGGAACAUACCCCUCAAGGGAGGUUCCCUCAUCCUGGUAAGGGGCUCUUGAUCCAUCCCUUCCUUGGAUGGAACCUGAAAACUUCCCAUUUCUUAUGGGCCCCUACAGGUUUAUCACUUUCCCCUCGUUACAAUCAAAAUUAAACGCUAAACCCACAAGGGUCAUACAGUGCUGCUUGGCAGCAUGUGCUGAAGAUGUAAUAUGGGAAGAUCAGAGACCAGCGAGGGUGAGAAGUAUGCAAGAGACAAGAGUCAGUAAGAGGAGUGACGAGUGCUCAAGUGCUAAAGGGAAAAUAUAAUCAAAGUUUGUGCAAAUCCCCUUAAUGUGGUGAUUAAUCUAUUGUUUUAAUUUCCAGCAGUUUACAUUCACAGGGAAGUGCUAAAAAAAUAGCAGCAACACAAGCUUUGUGGAGAAGAUAAUACAGUUUAAUCCAAGGAAUAGGAGGGCAGCUUUUAAUUUUUUCAAUCAAGAGCCCUUCAUCAACAAUAACGAACCCUUAUGAAGGUGUAUUUUAUUAAAGAUAUUAAUUACCCUUAAAUAAAUGAUAUGAAUAGUAACAUGGAAAGAGGCUUAAGUAAAAUGCAAUCCUUUAUUGAUGUUUCACCCACACAGUGGUAUUUAUCAAGUGACAAAUAGGAGAGGAAGAACAAGUGUAUUCCUAGAGAGUAUAGUGAAGAAGUCUGGUUAUUAUUAUUUUUUUAUUAACACAUCGGCUGUUUCUGCCAAGGUAGAGUAGCCAGAAAAAGAAAAACUUUCAUCAUUCACUCCAUCACUGUCUUGCCAGAGGCAUGCUUACACUAUAGGUUUAAAACUGCAACAUUAACACCCCUUCUUCAGAGUGCUGGCACUGUACUUCCCAUCUCCAGGAAUCAAGUCCAGCCUGCAGGUUUCCCUGAAUCCCUUCAUAAAUGUUACCUUGCUUACACUCCAACAGCAUGUCAAGUCCUAAAAACCAUCUGUCUCCAUCUGCUCCUAUCUAACAUGCUAACGCACGCUUGCUGGAAGUCCAAGCCCCUCGCACACAAAACCUCCUUUACUCCCCCUCCAACCUUUCCUAGGCCGACCCCUACCCCACCUUCCCUCCACUACAGAUUUAUACACUCUCGAAAUCAUUCUAUUUUGUUCCAUUCUCUCUACAUGUCCAAACCAUCUCAAUAACCCCUCCUCAGCCCUCUGGAUAAUAGUUUUGAUAAUCCCACAACCUCCUCCUAAUCUCCAAACCAUGGAUUCUCUGCAUUAUAUCCACACAGCACAUUGCCCUCAGACAUGACACCUCCACUGCUUCCAGCCUUGUUACAACAUUCACAACUCAUUCUUCACACCCAUACAAGAGUGUUGGUAUAACUACACUCUCCUACAUUCCUCUCUUUGCUUUCAAGGAUAAAGUUCUUUAUCUCCACAGACUCCCAUGUGCGCCACCCACCUUUUUUUCUUCUCGUCAAUUCUAUGAUUCACCUUAUCCUUCAUAAGCCAUCUGCUGACACAUCCACUCCCAAAUACAGUAUCUGAACACAUUCACCUCCUUCAUACUCUCUCCCUCUAAUCUAAUAUCCAAUCUUCCAUUACGUAAUUUUUUUUUUUUAUCCUCAUCACCUUACACUUCCCUACAUCCACUUUAAAUUUCCUUCUUUUGCAUACCCUGCCAAACUCAUCAGCCAACCUCUGCAACUUCUCUUCAGAAUCUCCCAAAAGCACAGUGUCAUCAGCAAAGAGCAACUGUGACAACUCCCACCUUGUGUUAGAUUCUUUAUCUUUUAAUCCCAUAACCUCUUGCCAACACCUGAGCAUUCACUUCUCUUACAACUCCAUCCAUAAAUAUACUGAACAACCAUGGUGACAUCACACAUCCUUGUCUAAAUGACUCACGAAAUCGUAAUGACAUAAUUGCAAACAAGCCAUACCAAGGAUAGGGAUAGAACCCGCGAUCAGAGAGUCUCAAAACUCCAGAC